AUGGGUUUGUCACACCCGGUCGGCAGCAUGGCGCACCGGCUGACGGACGAGCAGCUCGCGGAGUAUAAAGAGGCCUUCUCCCUCUUUGACAAAGACGGUGACGGAAAGAUCACCACCUCCGAACUGGGGACGGUCCUUCGCUCCCUGGGGCACAACCCCACCGAGGCUGAGCUACAGGGCUUGAUCCACGCCGUGGACACCAACAACAGUGGCGCCAUUGACUUCCCCGAAUUCCUCUCCGUGGUGGCCAAGAGGACAAAGGCCCGCGACACCGAGGAGGAGAUCCGGGAAGCUUUCCGCGUCUUCGACAAGGACGGCAACGGGUAUAUCAGUGUGGCAGAGCUGCGGCAUGUCAUGACCAACCUGGGCGAGAAGCUCUCGGACGAAGAAGUGGAGGAGAUGAUCAAGGAGGCGGAUGUCGACGGAGACGGGAGAGUGAACUACGAAGAAUUCGUGAGGGUCUUCUCGGAUCUGGAUAAGGACGGAGAUGGGGCCAUCACCUCCGAGGACCUGUCGGCGGCCAUGGACUCCUUCAAGCCCCUGGUUCCCAGCCUCGGGAGCUUCUUUGCGGACGAGCGGCUGGAAGAACUCUUCCGGCAGGUGGACACGGACAAAGACGGGAAAGUUAGCUAUGAAGAAUUUGUGAGCAUGCUGGCUGACAAAGGACAUUCACAUUUCUUCUUGCCUGUUUCAAGCUUGGCCCCAAACAGGAAUGGCAGGUUAUGUAACAAAAAUGGGUGUAGAUGUUCAUCUCUCAUUCUUGGCUCCUACAGUAGCUCAACCUGGGUGUUGUCUCCAUUUAGCCAAAAAAACCCAGCUCAUCCUUGGGCCACGUGCCAAAGGAGACACCCUUACUCUCUUUUUUUGGCAGUUUGCAAGAGGGAACGGAGAACGUUUCUUCAUUGCAGGAGACGGCAAGCGAGCAAGGCAGCGAUCGGAGAAGCGAAAAAGCAAAUCAUGGCCCACGAGUUAUCGGAGGAGCAGAUUGCCGAGUUCAAAGAAGCCUUCUUACUCUUCGACAAAGAUGGGGAUGGCGUCAUCAGCAGCAAAGAACUGGGCACCGUCAUGAGGUCCCUUGGCCAGAACCCAACAGAAGCCGAGCUCCGGGAGAUGAUUGCCAAGUUGGACACCGACGGCGAUGGGACGGUCAAUUUCCCAGAAUUCCUUGCCUUGAUAGCCAGAAGAAUGAAGAACUGCGACAGUGAGGAGGAGAUCCGAAAGGCUUUCAGGGUGUUCGACAGAGAUGGGAAUGGUUAUGUCAGCGCGGCGGAGCUGCGACACAUCAUGACCAACCUUGGCGAAAAACUGACGCAGGAAGAAGUGGAGGAGAUGAUCAAGGAGGCCGAUGUGGAUGGAGAUGGUCAAGUCAACUACGAAGAGUUCCUGCGGAUCAUGUCCUCCAAGUGAAGGCCGCUUCCAAGGGGCACCGACUGGAUCCUAUAUACUAUCAAACCAUCUACUCUAUCGCUUUUGUGUGGAUGCUUUCUCCUUGGCAAAGCACGGCAGGUUGAAUUCGGCUGGUGAAGAGAAGGACCGGUGGCAAUGAAAACCAUGAAUUUGUCGGAUUGAAGAUUCCAGAUCUCAGCAGUACUUUGUCUUUCUUUGGCGUCUGUUUGUGACAUGGAAUCUUCCUGUAUUCUAAACUCCAGUGUGAGUUGAGAAAAGGUUAGAAUUAUAACCUAGAGUGGAGGAGCCCAGAACGUAGACUAAAACCUACUGAUGAUCAACUGGCAAAUUUCAGAAAAUUGUUGAGCUUCUGCUACCCACAGCUUAAAACAAGCAAGUCCAAUAAAUUCUGCCGUGGUUCAUCUUGUCCUUAUCAUUUUUAUUUUUAUUCUUGCCUUCCACAUUACUAAGCUAUUAUUAAUACAUUGCU